UGCAAUGUAAGUUCACAUGAUUAACUGGCAAUGGCAUCGGAAAAUGGGGUUGUGUUCGAGGAUUUCUUUCCUGCAAUGAUGGAGAAGUUAGGGACUGAUGGGUUCAUGAAGGAGUUGUGCAAUGGGUUUCGAUUGUUGGUGGAUGAAGAGAAGGGAGUUAUCACGUUCGAGAGCUUGAAGAGGGAGUCUGGGUUGUUGGGUUUGAAAGACAUGAGUGAUGAAGAGGUAAUGUGCAUGAUUAGGGAAGGUGAUUUGGAUGGUGAUGGAGGUUUGAAUGAGAUGGAGUUCUGUACUCUCAUGUUUAGGUUGAGUCCUGCCUUGAUGAAGGACUCAACACAAUUGUUGGCUGAGGCCAUUAGUUUUGAUGAAAGUAGGUUAUUUAUGUGAGUUCUUAUUCUUAUCUAGUGCUCAACGUAAUUCAAUUUCUAGAUAUUGAGUGGAAUUGCUAUCUUCAUCUC